CUAAAGAAAAAGUAUAACUGGUCAGAUACCUUGGUCAGAUAUCUGACGAAAGAUUGUUUUUCUACCUUUCUGUGAAUUGCACGAAUAUUUUGAUUCUCACCCCCAGUUCUCUCACCGUGAUAUUUGAGGAAAAAACGCGAAAGAAAAGAGAGUGAAAUCGGAAAAGGAGAUGCGGGCAAUGGAUUUGCUUUGUGCGGCUUUGCUGUGUGCAGUGCUGACUAACUCGGCCUGUAGCAGCCAGCGGAGGGGCACGGACAGCAGCGGCAGACGCUUCAACCGAAUCCAGCACGGUCAGUGCAGCUACACAUUCAUCUUGCCAGAGCUCGAGGGGAACUGCCACGAAGCUUCAGAACGUUAUGACACCAACGCACUUCAGAGGGAUGCUCCGCACGUGGACAGUGACUGGUCCUCGCAGAAGCUGCAACACCUGGAGAAUGUGAUGGAUAACAACACACAGUGGUUACGAAAGCUUGAAAACUACAUUCAAGAGAGCAUGAAGAUGGAGAUGGCUCAGAUACAACAGAAUGCCGUCCAGAACCACACAGCCACUAUGUUGGAGAUAGGCACCAGUCUGUUGAGUCAGACAGCAGAACAGACACGCAAACUCACAGAUGUUGAAACGCAGGUGUUGAAUCAUACAUCGAGACUUGAAAUUCAGCUUUUGGAAAAUUCUCUGUCCACAAACAAGUUGGAGAAACAGUUGCUUCUUCAAACCAAUGAAAUAAAUAAACUGAAUGAAAAGAACAGCUUUCUGGAGCAGAAAUUUAUAGAAAUGGAAGAUCGACAUGAAGAAGAGCUCAAGACACUAAGGCAAGAGAAAGCAAGUCUCCAGGAGCUGGUGAACCGUCAGAGCCACGUCAUUGAUGAGUUGGAAGCCCAGCUGAACCGAGCUACUGUGAAUAACACCAGCCUGCAAAAGCAACAACUGGAACUGAUGGAGACUGUGCACAAUCUUCUCAAUCUUGUAUCACAAGAAAGAGCUGCAUUAAAAUGCACCAAAGAGAAAUCAUUCAAAGACUGUGCAGAGGCCUAUCAUGCUGGUUUCAAUACUAGUGGGGUCUACAGUAUUCAUAUCAGCAACACGUCAGAGCCCAAAAAGGUGUACUGUAAUAUGGAGACUGCAGGGGGUGGCUGGACAGUCAUACAACACAGAAAAGAUGGCAGUGUUGAUUUUCAAAGAACCUGGAAAGAAUAUAAAAUGGGAUUUGGCAGUCUAGCUGGUGAACACUGGCUAGGAAAUGAGAUGAUCUUCCUACUAACUAGCCAGCGCCAAUACUCUUUAAGAAUCGAGCUCAGAGACUGGGAGGGAAACCGAGCAUAUUCCUUUUAUGAGAAGUUUCAAUUGGCCAGUGAAAAGCAAAACUACAGGCUCUUUCUGAAAGGUUACAGUGGCACUGCAGGGAGGCAAAGCAGUUUGGUCUUACAUGGAGCAAGUUUUAGCACCAAAGAUCUGGAUCAUGACAACUGCAUUUGCAAGUGUGCUCAGAUGUUAACAGGAGGAUGGUGGUUUGAUGCCUGUGGACCAUCCAACCUGAAUGGAAUGUAUUACUCCGCUGGACAAAACCUAGGAAAACUGAAUGGAAUAAAGUGGCACUACUUUAAGGGCCCGAGCUACUCCUUACGGGCUGUGGCCAUGAUGAUUCGGCCAUCGGUCUUCUGAAUCAGAAGAUUUUCAUGGGACAGAAACACUUAACAUCUGAAACUGGAUCGAAGGAAUUUUUGAACAUUUCCUCGAGCGAUCCUUUCUUCUCUCUCUGUAACAAUGGAUAUAAAGUACUGAUGGAGCCAAGACUCCAGGUCCAUUAACAAGCUCAUUCUAUCACCAGCCUACGGGCCACAUUAACACGUCAUGAUUUAUUUUUAAUGGAAUGUUGACUUUGCUUUCUACUGUUUGGCUGAUUAUAUGGUAGACUGUGAUAGGUGUGAGCUACUUGAGUUGGGGAAUGAAAGAGAAGGGGAGGAAAGACAUUAAUACUUCAAAUAUGUGUAUCUGGUGAAUUAUACUGUGGCUUUUCAACUGCAGCCAUCACUUCAGCUUCAGUGAGCAUCAAUAAUAGAAUUACCUACGCACAGACUUUCUUUUCCAUGUGUUCCUUAGUCAGAUUCCACCUUGCAUUAUUUCAUGGAUUUCAGAGAUUGGGCGUAGAUUGGAAAUGGAUUGUGUGGCACCUGGUUUACCACAGCAGAGCAAUUCUGGUCGCAGCGCGGCAUUUCUUACUCCCAGUCGUGAUAACAGCUCCACAGAUGCAGGCUCACAGUCCUGUGUAUGGCUUCAUUUUUGUAACCCUUUCAAAGCUUCUUGAACAGAAUGAGUAAACAGAACAAUUCAAUUACAAGU